AUGGCGACGCGGCUGCGGUGGUGGCGGCGACGGGCGACGCGGCAGCAGUGGGGGGAGGACCUGCGGGCGGGCAGUGGUGGAGGGCGGCAGGGCGUCAAGUUCGGCUGCUCCACCACGACGGCCGGCUCGUUCCCGGCCGACGGGCUGGUCGGGCUCAGCGGCGACGCGGUCUCCCUCGUGACGCAGCUCGGCGGCGAGGCGUCGCUCGGCCGGAGAUUCUCCUACAGCCUCGUCCCGCACUCCGUCAACUCAUCGUCGGCGUUCAACUUCGGCACCCUCGCCAACGUCACCGAGCUCGGCGCAGCGAGCACGCCGCUCGUCGCCGGGGACGUGGACACGUACUACACCGUGGUCCUCGACUUCGUCAGGGUCGGCAACAAGACGGUGGCAUCGGCGGCGAGCUCCCGCAUCAUUGUGGACUCGGGCAAUGCAAAAAUAAGCUUUGUUACUCCUGCAAAUUGCAAGAAGCAAACCGAACAAGCGAGUCCGGACUUGACGCUGGAGUUCGGCGGUGGCGGCGGCCGCGCGGCGGUGGCGCUGAAGCCGGAGAACGCGUCCGUGACGGUGUAG